UGCUUGUUUUUAAAUACUAAUGACAGAUGUACUGAUGUAUAGAUAUUGUUAACUGUUUUAUAGAACAUGGGAAUACGUUGUCAGUUUUGAGAUUUUGCUAGCUUGGUGUGCUACAUUGUGUUGAACCUGUUCGUAUUGGCUGUUAGUCACCUAGUUAAACGAAUUCACCGUUCUAAUAAUUUCCACAGUUACUGUAUUGUCUUUGAGCACAUCUUGGUUGUUUAUCCGUAUAUUACGUUUGUAAGGACCACUAAUAAUUAUAAUACUGUCUACGCGUUAAUUAAUUGAAAGUGAAAGUACCCUGCUUAACAAGUUUUCUUGCCGACAGUCUACUCUGCGGGGAAGAUGAGCCGAAGACGUGGUGUAAGGAAAAAAAUCUUCACCGAAAACAGAGCUGACCCGAUCUUCUUCAGCACAGACAUCGAAAGCGAAAUUCAGGAGCUUUUCAACAAAACUACCACCUAUUCAAAACCUGCGUCGGGGGAAUGGGUCAUCCCAGACCCCAAUCAGGCUCUGAGGUACGACCCCCAGCAGCACCCCCGUCUGCAGGCUCUGAAAGAGUCCCUGAACGCGGUGAAGGACCAGCUCAGCGACAAGAACCUGGAGGUCUGGCACCAGCACACGUCCUUCACCAACAGGGCCGGGAAGAUCAUCGCGCACGUGCGCGCAGCCGCCAACGCCGAGAUCUGCACCCAGGCCUGGUGCAAGUUCUAUGAGAUCCUGGGCACCUUCGGCCUGGUCCCGUACGGGGCCCUGCAGAGCGGGGAGCUCAACUCUGUCCACCUGUGCGAGGCCCCUGGGGCCUUCAUCGCCAGCCUGAACCACCACCUCAAGUCCAACUCCGUGCACUGCGACUGGACGUGGGCGGCCAACACCCUCAACCCCUACCACGAGGCCAACGACAACGGCGCCAUGAUCGCGGACGACCGCCUCAUCGCCAACACCCUGCCCUGGUGGUUCUUCGGCUCCGACGACACCGGCGACCUCAUGACGCAGGAGUACCUGCUGGAGCUGCAGGGCUUCACGCGCAACAUGCGCACGGUGGACCUGGUGACGGCGGACGGCAGCUUCGACUGCCAGGCCAACCCGGACGAGCAGGAGAGCCUGGUGGCGCCGCUGCACUACUGCGAGGCGGUGGCCGCCCUCCUGCUGCUGAGCCCCGGGGGCUCCUUCGUGCUGAAGGCGUUCACCCUGUACGAGCACUCCUCCGUCUGCCUGCUCUACCUGCUCAACUGCUGCUUCCGCGCCGUCCACGUGUUCAAGCCGGCCACCAGCAAGGCGGGGAACUCCGAGGUCUACGUCGUCUGCCUGGACUACUGCGGCAAGGACGACGUCAAGCCCCUUCUCUCCAAAAUGAUCCGGAAUUUCGGCCCGGACAUCGCCGGCCGGGGGGCCCUCUUCCCCAACAGCCUCAUUCCGGAGUCUUUCCUGAGGCAGCACGAGCAGAUCUGCGCCUACUUCCACGCGCGCCAGGUGCGGACCAUCACGGAGAACCUGCGGCUAUUCCAGGCCAUGAGCAAUUCGGAGAGGCGGAGGCUGAAUCUGCUGAGGGACCACGCCGUGCAGGUGUACAUGGAGCGCUUCCGGGUGCAGCACCUCCCCCGGAGCAAGUGGCUGUCCAAAAAUUUGGUCCCGGCCUGCAGCGCGAACGGCAAGCUGUUCAACAGCAGGAAGCAGGCCGGGACCUUCAACGAGAGGAAAAAGCUCCAGACUCUGGACUGGAUGGAGAAGGUGGGCCGGGGCUCCUGCAGAGCUUCAGUCGAGGAGCACGUCGCAGAGGCUGCUGGGAAGGAUUGCCUGUUGGCGGGGCCGACGGACGACUGCAACAUGGACGCUUGGCACGUCUUAGUGGGCACCGCCAUACCCAAGGUCAGAAGUUCACCCUUCUGUGACUUGGACCUGCUGAACCACUUGAACGAAGCCCUGGAACAGAGCGGGGUGACCAAGGACGACGGACCGCGCGUCCCCUCCUGCGGCUCCUGCCGCGUCUUAACUCCCGAGUCCAUCCUGUCGGAAGCGGUCGGCCUCCAGCGCGGCCGGCUUCUCCACGGCGCGAGCGGCCAGAAGCUCCACUGCCUGGUGGUCGGGAGUCCGCGCCUGGCAGGUUGCCUGCCCCAAACCGACGAGCUGCACUUGGAGUGCUCUGAGGGACCCGCCCCCCCCGACGCAGGCCGCGGGACCUUGCAUGACGGGUCGCCCCAGUACCAGCGGGAGCUCCUGGCCUGCGUCCUGCGCUCGCUUCGCCGCCUCCGGACGGGGGGCACCCUCGUCCUCCCCCUCGUCUCCGCCUUCACCCGCUUCACGGCCGGCCUGGUCUUCGCCCUGCACCAGUGCUUCCGCUCCGUCACCUUCAGGUGCCCCGCCCCCGCCGACGCCCUGGGCGCCGUCGCCGUCCUCCUGUGCGCCGACUACUGCCGCGCCCCCGGCGACUGGGUCCUGCGGUUCCUGGGGGAGAUGCACAGCCAGAUGCCGGACUCCCCCCAGCCUGCCAACCCGCGCCAGGUCCUGCAGUUCGUUCCCAUGGAUGUCCUCCUCAAGGGGCCACUGCCAGAGUUCCUUUGGACCAUGAACACGACCAUCGCCCGGUACAGGCUGCACCUGCUGGUUCAGGCUAAGCAGCACUCCAUCAUGGCAACCGCUUGAGUUGGAUUUUGAGGUUGCCAGAUUGUGGCCUUACUCCUCGUUUGCACUGCCAUUCCUGAUUUACAUUAUUCUGCUGGAAAAGACUGUCCUCUAUAGCUGUUAUUAGAAUACAAGGUGGGAAAGCAACACACUAGAGGAAAAAGCAUUUGUUUUGCAUUAUAUAAAUGAAUUGCAUCCAGACUGGAGGGAUGGCCUGACUCAAAGUUUAGGCCACUAUGCAAUAUUGUCAGGUUUCUUUUCUAUCAUUUUUUAAAGGUUGUGCGUAAGAAGUUUUGUACAGUAUGUUUGAUGUGGGGAUCACUGUUACACACUACAGAUCUUUGGUGUUUAAGAAUCCAUAUUCCAUUAAACCUGAUGGUCGUAGAGCCUUAAUAAAUGUAAAUGAUUCUAAAGGUGUUUUAUUUUUUUUACAUGUAUUGCGCACCAUAAAGUUUUAAGAAUUGAUUCAUUUUUUUAAGAACAGAAUGUGGGGAAGACACCUAUUAGUAAUUCCUUUUUUUAAUCUUAAUUUGUCUAAAUUGUUAUUGGCUCCAGAUUUUGGUCAGAAAAUGCCUUUAGUUCCCUGAGGGAACCAAAAUGUCUUAUGAUUUUCAAAGGGUUUUUGUUGGGACAAAGUAGUCUUUUUUUUCUCUCUUUACCAAAACUGCUGUUAUCAGAGUUGUAAUAUUCAUAAGGAAAAUCACUGGGAGAAGUUGCCUGAAAUGAAUUCAAAAGAGUAAUUAGGAGUUUUUUAUAUUUUGGUUGUGUAUUCACUCUAGUAUGUGCUCAGGUUGUGUUUCCUGAAAAACCACCAAAGCAGAAUAUGAAUGAACAAACGUAUGUAAAUAAAUCUAUGUGUAUGAAAAUGUAAGCAUUUGAUAAAACGCUUUCUGGUCAUCAAA